AUUAUAUGAGUCCUAUCACCCUCGCUGCUGCUUUUGGGAAGCAUUUCCGAUGAUCCGGAAACUGGUCAGCAUAGCGAUCACAGAUGUUUAUCCACUAAGUAUUUUUAUACAGUGCCUGAUUCAAUUGUCAACAACUGGUGUAUAUUUCAUUCUCCUCAUUCUACUGAGGCCAUACAGGUCAGUUGUAUGGGGUAACAGAAAAACAGAGAUCCACACAUUUUUUGAGAUAUUGUCGACCCUGACAGUAGGUUUGGUGCAGUCUGUACCCCUCCUGGUGACCCUAGGAGCAAACACCCCCACCCUGGAGUAUCUGGUUCUGGGCUGCAUUGGAUUGACACUGUUAAUAGGGGUGGUCAUGAUCUUUUUGACUCCAGUGGAAAAAGUUGAAGAGAUACCUCCAUCAGGUGGAAACCUAGCCUCUUCUAGUGAAAGCCUGCGUUCACGACACAACAAAGUGGCACCAGCCCCCAUGACUUACGAAGAUGUCAUUCAAGAGAGAAGGGGACAUUUAGAAUUCUAGGGGACUUAUCCUUAUUU